AAAGGACACAAGCCCUUCCCUUGCGUUAGCCAGCAAGAGCCGAGCGGCGUUCUUUAUCAGGUGGAGAUUCUGCUGAGAGUCGGCCACUGCAGCCUCGCUCAGCCUGGGAAACACUUUCUUCUGCUGGAGCUCGUCCACCAACCAGAGCCAAGAUGCCCAAAACAGUCAAUGUGCGCGUCACCACAAUGGACGCAGAGCUGGAGUUUUCCUUCCACCCCAAAACCACAGGGAAGCAGCUCUUUGACCAGGUUGCCAGGACCAUCGGACUGCGUGAGGUUUGGUACUUCGGGCUGCAGUUUGUCGACUCCAAAGGAUUCCUCACCUGGCUGAACUUUGAGAAGAAGGUGAUGGUCCAGGAAGUGAGGAAGGAGACUCCCCUGCAGUUCAAGCUGAAGGCCAAGUUUUACCCAGAGGACGUGGCCGAAGAGCUGAUCCAGGAUGUCACCCGGAAGCUCUUCUUCCUGCAGGUGAAGGAGGACAUUCUGGGAGAGGAGAUCUACUGCCCUCCAGAGUCCGCCGUGCUGCUGGCAUCUUACGCCGUGCAGGCCAAGUACGGAGAGAAGGACAAGUCAACACACCACCCAGGUUACCUUUCCUCUGAGCGCCUGCUGCCCAGGAGAGUGCUGGAGCAACACAAGCUGUCCAAGGAGCAGUGGGAGGAGAGGAUCCAGAUUUGGCACGAGGAGCACAGAUCGAUGCUGAAGGAAGACGCCAUGAUUGAGUAUCUGAAGAUCUCUCAGGAUCUGGAAAUGUACGGCGUCAACUACUUUGAGAUCAAGAACAAGAAGGGCUCAGACCUGUGGCUGGGAGUCGACGCUCUGGGACUGAACAUCUAUGAGAAGGAGGACAGACUGACUCCAAAGAUCGGAUUCCCCUGGAGUGAAAUUAGAAACAUUUCUUUCAGCGAUAAGAAAUUCAUCAUCAAGCCCAUAGACAAGAAAUCUCCUGAUUUCAUAUUCUACGCUCCACGACUGCGAGUCAACAAGCGCAUCCUGCAGCUGUGCAUGGGCAACCACGAGCUGUACAUGCGCCGCCGCAAGACCGACACCAUCGAGGUUCAGCAGAUGAAGGCUCAGGCCAAAGAGGAGAGGCUGCAGAAAAAGAUGGAGAGAGAUCAGCUGGAGAGUGAGAAGAAGAGGAGGGAGGCCACUGAGAAAGAGAAGGAGCAGAUGGAGAGAGAAAAGCAGGAGCUGAUGAUGAAGCUCUACCAGUAUGAAGAGACGACCAAGAGGGCAGAGAGAGAGCUUCAGGAGCAGCUGGACAGGGCCAUGAGGCUGGAGGAGGAGAGGAGGAGGGUGGAGCAGGAGGCGGCCCGGCUGGAGGCUGAGAGGAUGGAGGCCAUUAUAGCCAAGGAGGAGCUGGCCAGGCAAGCUGAGGACCAGAUGAAGAGCCAGGAGCAGUUGGCCGCAGAGCUGGCCGAGUACAGCGCCAAGAUCGCUGUGCUGGAAGAGAUCAAGAAAGAGAAGGAGGAAGAGGCUGAGUCAUGGCACAGCAAGGCUAUAGAAGUGGAGGAGAGUCUGAUUAAAACCAAGGAGGAGCUGCACAGCGUGAUGAGCUCUAACUCAGCUCCUGUCCAGGCUCCUGCUUCCUCCUCUUCCUCCUCCUCCUCAGACAGUGAGAGUGACCACGAGCACAGCGAGGAGAACAGCACCUACAGUGCUGAGCUGCAGUCGCAGGACAUCAACGACCAUCGCCAGGAGGAGGAGCGACUCACCGAGGCCGAGAAGAAUGAGCGCCUGCAGAAACAGCUGAUGGAGCUGAGGUCAGAGCUGGCAGAAGCCCGUGACGAGAACAAGAAGACCCACAACGAUAGGCUCCACCAAGAGAACAUCGGAGCCGGCCGCGACAAGUACAAGACCCUGCGUCAGAUCCGUCAGGGCAACACCAAGCAGAGGAUUGAUGAGUUUGAGGCCUUGUAGGAAACCUCAGAGACCUGCAGAUCUCUCUCAGAUACCUCAUGAAGGCCUUGUUCAUUGAUGUUUUUAACUGACGUGUGAUGUAAUUACAGCCACACCUGAUUUUAAAAGACCCAGAAAAGCAUGAUGCUGAUGUGUGUAAAAGUACCUCCAUGAAGUUUUGUUUUAUCAGUUUAACUUUUGCUUUAAAAAGCGCUGUUUCGUUUUGUUUUCUUUGUAGCGCUCAAACAUCUCCAACGUGCUGUUUAGUCCCAUCAAAAGUAUGAAAUAUAGCAGGAAGCUGCCGUGUUCCUGAGACACUGUGUGAACAAAUUAACCAUCAAGACGAUCAAAAACAUUAUUGUUAUGUGCAGUUUUGUUUCUACACCAAACUGAAGUGAUUAAAUUUGGAUUUAUCUAAUGAACGCCUCGUAGAGCGGCUGCUGACAA